CAACUGACAAGAAAUAGUUCUAUUGAUUGAAAAUUCCAUUUUCUUUCUAACAAUGACUAUAGUUACUAAGUUGAAUUAAAUUCUAUUUAGAUUGCUCUGCUUGCAUUAAAUCCUGACCAAUGUGACUUGGCGCCUCUGCUAGAACAAAAUAAAUAAUUUCGUCUGCUACUUUAUAGGUUACGUGAAUCCGAUUUGUUGUGGGAGUUGUCAUGUUAGUUCGUUCUUUGCGAGUUUUUGGGUUGUAUCAUCCAGCACAAUCUUUUUCAGGAUCAAAAACCAUGGCCACUAUUCCGGUCAAAAAUGGUAACCCAAUGGAAUUGUUGAUUCGUGAUAAACUCGUGAGGCAGUUUUCACCGGUACACUUGGACAUAAUAAACGAAUCUUACAUGCAUAACGUACCAAAAGGAAGUGAAACUCAUUUCAAAGUUGUAGUUGUUUCAGACAAGUUUGAAAACACCUCAUUGUUACAGAGGCAUAGGUUAGUCAAUGAAAUACUGCAGAAUGAGUUGAAAAAUGGAGUUCAUGCCUUGUCAAUUGUUGCAAAAACACCUUCACAGUGGGAAGACUCUUCGAAAGUAACUGAAAAAAGCCCAGCUUGUAAAGGUGGCUUUGGCAGAUGAUUUCAUAUUCCUUGGCAUUUGUACAGUGUUCUCAAGAUAUUUUGAUUAGUAAACAUCCAUUGGUCUUGGUUUUUCUUA